UUGUUGAAGUUCGUGAGUUCUAUAAUGGAUAAUCAACUUAGCGAUGAUGAAUACUUCAGGAGUUUGCCUGCUGGUUUUCGUUUUAAGCCUACUCAUGAUGAACUUAUUGUUCAUUACUUGAUGAAAAAGAUCGAGAACGAAGAGCUGCCUCGCAAUAAGAUUAAUGUCGUUAAUCUAUACGAGUUCAACCCUGAAAUACUUGCUGAUGAAUACAGGUCAAGUGGAGAGAACGAGUGGUUCUUUUUUACACCGAGGAGUAAAAAAUACAAAAAUGGAAAACGACCAAAUCGAACAGCAGGUGAUGGCUACUGGAAAGCAUCAGGAGCUGACAUUGAAGUCAAACACAAUGGUGUAGAUGUUGGAUCUCGAAAGACUUUGGUAUACUAUGAAGGAAAACCUCCAGUUAAGACCUCUUGGAUUAUGCAUGAAUAUACAGUGAAUAAUCCGCCACCGGUGCAAAAAUCAAGUGCAGAUGACAUGAAGUUGGACGAUUGGGUUCUGUGUAGGAUCAGAAAGAACGAGAAUAGAAAGCGAAAAAGAGAUGAUGAGAUUCAAGAACCAGAUCAUAAUAACACCGAUGAAGUCGCAAGUCACCAAGAAAAUACACGUAGAGCUGGUGAAGACUCCAUGCAUGUUGCACCAGAAGACAAUUUGCCUUAUUGUAAAUCCGAGAUUGCAUUGGCUGAUCCCUUUAUCAACGAUAAUUAUCAGAAUCUCCCUAACGCGGAUGUUCAUAAUACUCUCUCCAUUCUCCAACAUCAGAAUGUAGUUACAUACAGUAAUCCAGUUCCCAUUCCCAUUGUUCCACCAAAUCAUUCGAUCGGAGGUUAUGUUUACAGCCAAUAUCCAGUUGGAUACAUGGCAGACGUGAAAGAAGGACUAUAUCCAGCAGAGCUCCCUGGAAUUCCUGAGAUGGACAUAAACGAGUUCUUCGAUUCGGUUCCUGGUGGAUAUCAAGAGAUCCCCGCAUUGGACAAUACCAACUUUCCGGAUUUUAUGUAUUUAUAGUUGUCUAGAAAACCUCAAGUUUGUGUUUCAUGAGGUUUAAGUACGAACAUAGUAUUUUCUUGUUUUUGCUAGUUUAAUUGAUUUUGUUU